AUGAUCAUUGUCACCAUCAAUAUUAGAGGAGGGGGAAAUCUGAUUAAAAGAAAGGGCAUUGGCUACCUGAAUCAAUCAAACAGAACUGAUGUUUGCUUUUUGCAGGAAACAAAGCUAACUACUUUUUCUCAAAAGUUUGCAGAAGAUUUUUGGGGAGCAAAAGAUGUGGAUUGGACGCAUAAGCACUCUGAAGGAGCUUCGGGAGGCUCUGUGAUUUUGUGGCGUAAAAACUCUCUGAACUUAAUUCAAAGCUUCAAAGGGGUGGGUUUUCUUGGCUUGAAGGUGAAGUGUAAAUCCUCAGGGGUGAGUAUAAAUCUUGUCAACAUUUAUGCUCCCUGCACCUCUUUGGGGAGAAGAAAGAUGUGGUUGCAAUUGUCAGAUCUGAAAAGGAAUGCUGUUGGGGAGGAAUGGUGUAUAGGCGGGGAUUACAAUUCAGUUCUUUUCAAAGAGGAGAGGUUAGGCAAACAUGGUGGUCAUCAGGGCAAAGAUAGUGAAGCCUUUCAUCGUUUUGUCGAGAAGAUGGAGUUAAUUGAUCUUCCAAGUGUGGGCGGUAGAUUCACCUGGUUCAGUGGUGCUGGCAAUGCCAUGAGUAGGUUAGAUCGGUUCUUGUUAUCAGACUCCUUAAUUUCCUUAUAG